CCAUCUUCUCACCUCAGUCGUUUCGAUAUAAAAGCAAGAGAUGAAAUAGGGUUCCGAAAGUGGCGAAUGAUAUUUAGCAGAAUAAAUUGCAGUCGAAUAACUGCAGCAGAAGGAUGAGCAGGAGCAGCCGCAAAGGGAACAACUUCUGCGUUUAAAGGCACUCAAGGAUUACAUCAUUUUUCAUAUCUCCAGGUAAGGAAAUUCUUAAACCAGUUUUUUCUUAUGGGUAAGAAUAAGAAAAAUAAAAACAAAGGAAAAAACAAAGGAUGGAAAGAAUGGCGAAACAAUAUGGUGGCGAAGGGCACAAUUUCUAAACCUAACCCUGAAAAAAAUGUCGACCAAAAUAAGGCAGAGGAGGAUAUAGAGGGAAAGGAGAAGGGAAGAAACCUGUCUCCGUCUAAAGCACUAGCAGGCCCUUCCAACCCUCAUAAAAAUGUCGGACGACAAAAUAAGGAAGAGGAAAAUAGAAAAGUAAAGGGAAAACAUUCUUCUCCACCUAAAUCAUUAUCAGGUCCUUCUGUUUCAAGACCUGGCCCUAAUGCACCUUUAGGGAUUAGACCACUGUCACCAAUUUUCUCUAAUCCUUUGCCCGCUAAGAUCAAUGCUCUUAGUUUUGAGGACAAGGUGGAAAAGUUGAGCCAAGUGCUCGCUGAUCCCAAUGAAUUAACGGGACUCGAGCUUGUACUCGAUAGAUCGGGGCUUAAGGUUUCAACUGAUUUUGUAGAAGAGGUGUUGAAAAAGUCUUACAAAUCAGGCCCUGCGGCGAAAAGGUUCUUUGACUGGGCAGGGUUGCAGCUGGGGAACAAGCACAGUCCUUAUGCUUGGAAUUUGCUUGUCGAUAUUCUAGGCAAUACUAAAAUGUUUGAUGCAAUGUGGGAGGCUGUCAAGUGCAUGAACAAGGAGGGGAUCCUGUCCAGGCAUACUUUUGCUUCUGUUUUUACGUGCUAUGCUAUGGCUGAUAAGGCAAAUGAGGCAAUCAUGACGUUUGAGGUGAUGGAAAAUUAUGGUUGCCCACAGGACGUAGAGGCAUUCAACUGUCUUCUGUGUGCUCUGUGUAGAUAUAGGCAGACGGCCAAGGCACAGAAUUUUGCAGAGAGGAUGGAGGACAGGUUCCCACCUGAUGCUGAUACUUAUGCGAUUCUGCUGGAGGGGUGCGAGAAGGAGGGUGAUGCAGCAAGGGCGAAGAAGACUUUUGGGGAGAUGAUUGUGCGACUCGGAUGGGAUCCGGCUAACACCGCGGCAUAUAAUGCAUUCUUGGGGGCGCUCUGCAAAGGGGGACAAGUGGAUGAAAGCCUGAAGUUUUUGCAUGUCUUGAGGAGCAGGAGAUGCUUUCCAGAUAAGAGCUUUUACAGUACUGCAAUUCAUGCUCUUUCUCUGAAGAACAAGGUGGAGGAAGCAGCGAUGGUUUUUGAUACGAUGUUGCGGCUUGGGUAUCGUCCAAGCAGUACUACUUAUAAUUCAAUGAUCUCGGCAUACUGCUAUGCUGCAAGAACAGAGGAUGCUUACCGGCUUCUGGAUGGGAUGGUGUGGAACGGAGCCUUUCCAGAUUCCACAACUUACAAUACUAUUUUUCAGGCCCUCAUCAAGGCGCACAAAGUGGAGGAUGCAUCCAGUUUGUUCCGAGAGAUGACUCGAAAUGAAUUUGAUCCAGACAGUGACAGCCUCUCGAUGGCUUUAGUAAUGAGAGAUUUGAAUGUGGCCACCAUGGUUUGGAAGCAUAUCAGUCGAAAGGGUGUUUUUCCCCAAAUGGGAGUUAUCGCCUUAUUUGUAAAUAGCUUAUGUGAAAAUGGCAAACGUCAAGAUGCCAAAAUGUGUGUUGAGGAUAUGCAGGAGAAAGGAGUUGAGGUGUCUGAUGAAAUUUUGAAGAGGUUGAUGAUGGAGAAGAAUGAAAGGAAAGAUCCAGAUGAAAGAUCUUCAAAGAGGAGGAGGGAGCAUCACUAAUCAGGGAGCGGCACAGCAGAGGACUAAAGCCAGCCUGUCAAAAAUUACUUUUCAGCUCUACGUAGAUGAAGAAAUUUUAUACUAAGCAAGGAAAUGCUUUAUAUUUCCUUUUUAAUUAAUUUCUUUUUUAUGAGCACGUGACAUCAAACUUUUUGGGUUCUUGUUCUUGAAUUGUAGAACAGGUUUCUAUGAUAGUUUUACAUUGCUUGCUUCCUAUUAAUACGUCAGUUCUUUUUAUGCA